CCCCUCCCGUACCUGCAAUGGUGGACCAGCUUAGCUUGAAGCUUUUUGCGUUGAAGGAGUGUCAAAUUUUAUGAUUUUCACUGUCUAUGCUUGAGCUAUCAUCGGCGUGGAUUUCUAGUGCAUUGUUUCUGAUCUAAGCUACGAUUCUACAUCUUGUUUGCCGAGCUAAGGUACACCAGUUUGCGAUAUAAGUGCAAAGUUUUGAGCAAAGUAAAGUGUACUCUACUGUUUGACAGUCUUCAGAUCAAACAUUGUUUGUGAAAUAUGAAAGAAAACGGUGUAUCAGGUCCAAGCAGUCUGGUGUAUAUCCACUUGAAAGAAUCGUAUCCAAAGAAGGAACUUGUUUUUGACGAUCCAAGUCUUUCAGUCCCAUUUCCUGAGUUGGAUGGUGAAUAUGUUGAAUUCCUUGGAAAAUGCUCCGACUCAGUCUUUGCCAUUUCAAAUUUCCGUUUUUUUGCUGCGUUUCAACACUCAUUUGUAAAUGUCCCAUUGAUGUUGAUUGAGAGUUUGGAAUGGAAAGGAAAAGAAUGCCCAGAAAUAUUCAUUUGUUGUAAAAAUGGACAAUCUUUUCAGUUAAUGUUUGAUAAUGCUGAAGAGGGUGACAAGUGGUAUAAUAGGCUGAGGAAAAAGUGUGGAACUGAUACAAAUUGCCUGAAAAAACUAUUUGCUUUUGCCCAUUACGCUUGGUGUGAGGAUACGCCUCCUGAUAGCCCUUGUAAUGAUGGGGACUUGACGUGCCUUCCAUCUCGAGACACGUUGAACCGUGACUUUCUGCAUGAGUAUAAGAGAAUGGGCUUCGAAAAGGAUCCGGCUUGGAAGAUCACUGAGAUCAACUCAAAGUUUAAGCUCUGUUCUUCUUAUCCCAAGUUGCACAUUGUGCCUGGUAAUAUCACAGAUGAAAAAUUGGAAAAUAUUGCAAAGUUUAGGUCAAGUAACAGAUUCCCUUCGGCUGUUUGGAGGCACAGUGAAAAUGGUUCAGUCAUAGUGCGGUGUAGCCAACCCGAAGUUGGAAUGUUAUAUUGGCGUUGUGCUGAUGAUGAAUAUUAUCUUAAAACCUUGGGAAGCGUUCCUGACUCAGCUGCUUCGAAGCCAGUCCAGAAUGGCAAGAAUGACAGUCUCUCAGACACAUCUUGUUCCUCUAACGAUGAUGAUUCAGACACUUCGCAUACGAACGGUUAUUCAGACAAUUUAAACAAGAAAUCAUCGUGUAAUGGAGUUGACAAGAAAGUCCUGGUUGUCGACUGUCGAUCGUACGCAGCGGCCUUUGGUAAUCGUGUUAAAGGUGGCGGAAGCGAGUGUACAGAGUAUUAUCCGAAUUGUAAAAUCCAGUUCAUGGGACUAGCAAAUAUUCACACAAUUCGCAAGAGUUUUCAAUCAUUGCGGGAUAUUUGUUGUAAGCAAGAGGAACAGACCGGUUGGUUAGCAGCAUUGGAAGCGACGAAAUGGCUCUCUCAUAUCUCGGCGUUGAUCAAAACAGCGUUGUUGGUCGUGAAGGCAAUUGAACAGGAAAAACAACACGUUGUUGUUCAUUGCAGCGAUGGCUGGGAUAGAACACCCCAGGUUGUCGCGCUGGCUGAGUUGCUUUUAGAUCCAUAUUAUAGAACAAUAAAGGGAUUUCGCGUGUUACUUGAACGUGAAUGGCUGGCGUUCGGUCACAAGUUUGCAGACCGCUGCGGUCAUGGUUUCCAUGACGAUGACGUGAAUGAGCGAUGUCCUGUGUUUCUGCAGUUCCUGGAUUGUGUUCAUCAGUUAUUGAGACAGUUCCCGUGCUCUUUUGAGUUCAACGAAACGUUCUUGGUCAAACUGGCCCACCAUACAUACUCCUGUCUCUAUGGUACCUUCCUUUGUAACACGGAACAAGAGCGUCUCACAGCAAACAUUCGGUACAGCACAUGUUCAGCUUGGUCCAUGCUGGAAUCUCAGUCAAGGAACUGUAGAAAUUUUCUAUAUUCUCCGCAGGAGAAAAAGGUUUUGUAUCCAGAAUAUCAAGUUCGUAAUAUUAUGUUGUGGUCUUCUCUGUAUUGUUCAAAUCCUGUUAUAUUUUUUGAUAACCCAACCUCGUUAAACUCAAGUGACGUUGCUCUAAAUAACGACCAAGAGUUUCAUUACGACGAUGUAAGAACCGAGCCCGAGAUUCGCCCGAACGUUGCUCGACGGAACUCCGACGGAGAUGUAAAAGUUUCGAGCGCGGACGGAAGUCUCGUGGCAGGUUCGUCAGCCCGAGAUGAUACCGAACUUUAUCUCACGAAAUCUCUGGUCUGUAAAUCUGAGUCCAUGGUGAGCCCGGGUUCAUCUCAAGGUAUCUCGACUGCAAGUCCAGCUAAAGGAUCAUUAGCUAAUGGCGUGGCAGAAAAGUCCAUUGAAACUAAUACUAGUUGUGGAAAUAAUGAUCACGAUGGAGCGCUGGAACCUUGUACAGAAGAAGGUUGUGACAAUAGUUCUGUUGAUCAAAAUAUAGCAGUAUUUAAGAGUGACAAUAUUGCACUUCAUCAGGAUGGAACGAAGGACAAAUUAAAUAGUUCUGAAUCUGAUCAGAAAGGCUUGUCAGAGAAGAAUGAUCUUGGUGACAGUCUAACCAGUAGUUCAAAUACCUUAGUAGAUGAAUCCACUUCUAAUAACGACGAACACAUGGUAAACGGUUCCGAAAAUGGAAACGAUUGUCUGCUGAACGGUUUAGAAACUUCACACAACACUAAAAAGACUGUAUCAAAGGCUAUUAAUUGUAAAUCAAAUCAUCGCCUGAAGCCUUUCAUUGAUGGACCUCUGUUAUCACAAGACGGGGCAAGUUCUAGCAAUAUUAGGAAACACUUUUCAGAAGAUGGGGGGAGUUUUAAUGGCUGCAGAGGCACGCCGCUUUCGCCGAAGGAACGGUCUUAUAAUAAACUUUGCAAAUACAUUGACGAGGAUGGAUUAUCGUUGGUUGUGGAUCCCGUGCAAGCGCGGCUUGUCAAGUUAGAGCGAUGUUAUCGUGAGAGGAUCGAAGGAUUGGAAACACAACUAGAGGCGAGUGGUUGCGUUUGUGGACUUCGUCAAAAAGUCAACAACAAGCAAGAUAUGCACUCCAUCAUUGAGCCGACAUAUGCUCGUUCAAAUUCUCUGUCCAGUAAUACCGCUUCGGACACUUGUGGAAGUUGGGAACGAGUUGAUGAUGCUGAUGUCACACAUGUAUUAUGGGUGCCAGACCACCUCGCCGUUAGUUGCAGAGGUUGUGACGAAACAUUUACCAUCACCAAUCGAAAACAUCAUUGCAGAAACUGUGGCAAAGUGUUCUGUAAUUCAUGCUGUAACGACAUGUCUCCGGUGCCUUCCGAACAACUUUACGAUCCUGUCCGAGUAUGCAAGCCGUGUUUUGGUAAACUUCACGUGAAAAAUAACCAGGACAUUACUGUGGCAGCCUCGUGAGAAGCCUUUGUGAAGAUUUUAGCUGCGAUAUCUCACAGGUCUUUCAGUUAGUUUAGGUCUUUCAGUUGGAGAAAGCUCUUUCAAUGUAUAACACCCAUACAAGAAGAUAUUCCAACUCAAGACAAACGCAAAAUUCAGUUUAGGUUUCAACAAUUUCAUUUAAGAAAAUGAACCGAUAUUUUCGUGUAAACUUGCCAUAACGAAUACCCACCGUUAAAAUUGUUAAAUUCAAAUACUAUCCUUCGAUGUUUCACUGAAAUAUUUACCAUAUAUUAUUGUUACAAAAAUAUCCAGACGUUCCUUGUCUGUGCAUCAUUGUAGAAGUACUAAGUUAUAUAAACUUUGAAUGAAUUUAUGUUAUUAUCAUUGAAUGUUCCAAACCGUAUAACGGAAAGUUUUUAAAAUUAUUUGUAAUAAUUAUUAAAUAUGACAGCAAAGCACGCUAUUUGUUAAUAAAUGACGUAU